AUGCGGAUGCACCGGCUUGCUGUAUGUUAACUUCCGGCAGGGUACAAAUGUAAAUAAAAAUGUAUUUGACAAUCAGCAAUACAUCAAGAGGUAACAGAAGAGUAGGUGCUACAGGUUUUAAUUUACACUGCUUAGUUCUUUGUUUGCUAGUCAAUCUAGUGCCAGUAAAGGCAGGAUCAACGUUAACAAAAAUGUUAGGUACUACUGGAUCUCCUCAAACAGGUAGCAGCAAUUUUGAGACGUGUCUUACCGACGACUGCAGAAUUACAGCGGCGGAAAUUUUAAGAAAUAUGGAUUCUAAUGUAGCACCUUGUACCAAUUUUUAUGAGUUCGCCUGUGGUAAUUACAAGACUCGUAUCGACUUGAGUACAGUGGACGAUCAUUACAACCGCUUCAAAGAGAUUGAAAUAACUGUCAGUCAUCGAUUACGAGACAUCAUUUACGAGCCAAUUACUGCGAGGGACGCUGAGGCCGUGAAAAAAGUGAAGAAAGCCUUCCAUGUUUGUAUGGAUGAAGAGCGUAUUGACCAGAUGGGAAUGGCGGAAAUAAAAUCUAUUCUAGCAAAGAAAGGAGGUUGGCCGAUAGUAACGUCUUCUCGUAAAGAAGGGACUGCAGUUCCUUGGUAUGAGCUUGAUAAGUGGUAUAUUAGCAUCAUGGGUGAAUCCGCAUUUUUCCGAUUUAAUAUCGAGCCCGACAGUAUCGAUCCCACUAAACACGCCUUCGUGUUAAUGCCCAGUUUGUCUACUCUACCGACAAACGUACUGCAGAAGUCAUCGCAUCAUCAAGGCAAAAUGGAUACCUACCGGAAAUUUAUCGUCGACGUCGCUGAACAAUUUUUGGAGGAAACAAGCAUUUGGGAUGCGAAUAAGGUGCAAGAUGUGAAAGAUAUCAUGGAUUUGGAAAUCGCUCUAGCAAGGAUUAAACAUGUCGAACGAUUAGGCAGUCGCAUGAUACCACCGGAGAAAAAGAGAUUCAUAAUGUCUGAAUUUGUCCGAAGUCAAAAGAUGCGACAACGAUCGAAACCGCAGGCUAAGAUAGAUUGGAAGAGUAUCCUUCAAAGCUUCUUAGCAAACAGUGAUCUUAUGUACGAUCCUGCGUGGAAGAUGAUAGUAUACGAUUUGCCCUAUUUUCAACAGUUGGAGAAGGUGUUAUCGGAGGUACCGGCUAAAGUCAUAGUUAAUUACAUCCAUUGGCAGUUCAUUCGUCGUUUACUGGGAAGUAUAAAUAGUGCUUUGGAAUUUCUGGACUAUCAAUUGCGGAGUGGGACGUUAAAGAAAAAACCCAAUUCAGAGCGAUGGAUGGAAUGUUUGAACAGUAGUCCAGCUCAACUUGCAAUUAUUCAUCGAUAUUUGGAAAAACACGUUCCAUUAAAAUCCGAAAGAAUGAUUAAAGAAAUGAUCAAAGAUGUAAAAAAAGAAUUGGAACACCAGAUUGGCGGAGCUUCUUGGUUAGAUAGAAAAGGAAAGGAUGCGUCACAAUUGAAGAUCACACAUUUAAACGAAUUUAUUGGACCUCCUUUGUGGUUACGAAAUGCCACAUUAAUUAAUGAAUAUUAUGGAACGCUCAGUAUUGGAGACAGCCAUUUCAGAAACAUUCUCAACCAAAGGAUGUAUGACGUGCGAAAUACAUUAAACCUGUUGGCAGUGCCAGUAAAUCGACUUGCAGAUUCAGUCAUAUGGCCCUAUGGAAUCGCAAAAGUGAAUGCGUACUACAAUCGCCGGCUCAACGCUCUGAUCAUACCGUUAGGAGUGAUGCAGCCACCAUUUUUCAUGAACGAUACUCCCGAAAAUGUUCAGUUCGGUGCUCUUGGUACUGCGAUAGGACACGAAUUGACGCAUGGUUUUGACGAAACAGGCCGUCGGUACGCUCAUGAUGGGUCACGCAUGAUGUGGUCCAGCAAAUCGGCCGAGGCAUUCAGAAAACGAGCACAAUGUUGGAUCGAUCAAUUCAACGAGUAUACAUAUAAAGAAUUGGAAGAGUUCGGUCGAACCGUUCACUGUGACGGUGCAGCAACCGAAUCGGAAAACAUGGCAGAUUCGGUUGGAAUGCAAUUAGCUUAUGCAGCCUUCAAAGCCCGAAAAAAAGACUAUCAGAAAUUACCUGGUCUGAGCACUUACACCGACGAUCAAUUAUUCUUCUUGUCGUACGCCAAUAUGUGGUGUGAGUAUAGAGAUUUGGACAGCUUGAUGUACUUCUCGGAGAUAUCGAAAGAACACAGUAUCGGGGAACACCGAGUCAUCGGUGCGGUGUCGAAUAUGAAAUCGUUUAGUGACGCAUUUCAAUGCUCUAAGGACAGUCCUAUGAAUCGGAAACGGAGGUGCAGCUUAUGGAAGUGAAUACAUUAAACUCAAUGAAUCAGAAAUCGAAAAAUGCAAUAAAACAUUCGUAUACUAGUGCUGUGUAACAUUCUGACGAAUUUCAUUAAUACAAAACGAGGUAAUAAAAUUGCGUCUUCAGAGAAAUUGUAAA